AAAUAUCCUAACCUAUAUUGAAAUUGUUCGUUUGUUGAUGCUUGUAUUGUUAGUGGUUCUUUAAAUUAUUUUCGUUUUCAGUGUAAAUACAACCAUGACCGUAAACAAUACUAUCGCUCAUCAACGCUUGAUUCUUAGUGGUGAUCGCGAAAGGUUCAAAGAGCUGUUGAGGCGUCGACUGAUAGAAUGUGGCUGGAGAGAUCAAGUGCGAAUGCUUUGUCGAGAAGUAGUGAAGGAUAAUGAUGGAAGCAAUAUUACACUUGAUAUGUUGGUUACCCGGGUCACCCCUCGUGCUAGAGCCUUGGUACCUGACACUGUCAAAAAAGAACUUCUACAGAAAAUUAAAACACACUUGUUGACUCAAAAAGACCAAUGAAAUCUAUACCUCAGUGCUUCUCUUUGACAAAUAUAAAAAUAAUGUAUUUGUAAGCAUGAAUCAACAUUUACGAAUGUACUUGAAGUGUUAUAUGUAUUUAAAUAUUUAAGUUAAUAUCACUUUAUUCUUAAGAUUAAAAUAAUGUCCACUAUUUAGUAUCUUUCUAAGGAAAUAAAAUACUUUAUUACAACCAA